AUUGAUACGAAAUUAAUUAGCGGCCCGUAACCUACCCCUACCCUCCAGACUCCAGUUCGCUCCCGGGCACACACUCUGCCAGUCUGCCUCGGUUCUCUCCCGUUCGGCCGUUCCCCCCUCGCGUAGUCGCGUGCGCUGUGUCUGGUGGCGCGACUGGGCCGCCGCCGCCCUACGCCAGGUGCUUAGAUCUCACCUUCGCCGGCGACGACCCCACUAGCUUGAAGGGCCUGGCAAGAUGAUUGGUGUGGGGAAGGUGAAGCAGUACGCCAACGUCCUUGACAAGCCCCUCAGCCGUGGCAGGCAGGAGGUCAGUUUGAGUGCAUUUGCAUUCUUGUUCUCUGAGUUGGUUCAGUACAACCAGACUCAAGUUGACAACAUUACUGAGCUGGAACGGAGGCUGGAGGAUGCUGGUUAUGCAGUUGGGGCAAGGGUGCUUGAACUACUCUGUCACAGGGAGAAGGGAAAUAGACGAGAGACACGACUUCUGGGUAUUUUAUCGUUCAUCCACAGUACUGUUUGGAAAGUGUUGUUUGGAAAGGUGGCUGACUCACUUGAGAAGGGAACAGAACAUGAGGAUGAAUACAUGAUCAGUGAAAAGGAGCUUCUUGUUAACCGUUUCAUUUCCGUGCCAAAAGACAUGGGAGCAUUCAACUGUGGAGCUUUUGUUGCGGGAAUCGUAAAGGGUGUAUUAGAUAAUGCUGGCUUUCCUGCCGUAGUUACUGCACAUUUUGUGCCAAUUGAAGGCCAACAAAGGCCAAGGACGACAAUCCUGAUAAAGUUUUCUGAAGAGGUUUUACACAGAGAAGCAAGACUGGGCUGAGUUUUAUAUAUGUACACGAAACCUUUGACUAGCCUAUUUGUAAGGUGAAUCGUUACUGGGUAGUUUUGUGAUUUCUUGUAAUUGAUUUAUGUAAUAGCAAUGUGACUGAGAAUAUAAGUGAUCUAGGUGAGAUUGCAUGAGCUUCAUCUAUCUUGUCGGAAUUUGACCAAAACUGCUGUAUUGAUGCUUUUCCUUACAUUCACCUUGUAUAACGGAAUUGUUUAUCUCAGUUUUGUUUUUUCA